AUCCAUUGCUUUGCAGUCUACAAGUGCUGACAGAACAAGGCAACAAAUUUCAGUUGUUGCCCCCCUCCCAUUUUUUCGUAUUCUGCUCAACGUUUACUCAUAGCGCUUCCCAAGAGUUCUACGAAAAGGGGAAUCUGACAGAUCGGAACGUGCAAAAGUGGAGAACGCUCCGGAUGCACUUUGAAAACUGUUGGGCACAUUUGACCGGUUGUACUUUUUUCAUUUAGGGAUUUCGCUUUUGGGAUUGUGUGAUGGCAGAGAAGAGGAGGUCGCCCUGUACAAUGAGUUUAAAAGCUCAUGCUUUCUCGGUGGAAGCCCUGAUUGGAGCAGAAAAGAAAAGAAAACUGGACAGGGAAAGGGCGGAUUAUGCAGAGGAGGCAUCGAAAAUUCCUAAACGAAAUGACAGCUUAGAGAGAAACGAAGGCAGCUGCAUCUGCGACAAAACUCCCGAGACUGACUGCAGGAGCGACGGGUCUACCGAGAGCGACGAACUGCUGCUGACGAGCCCCUCUCCUUCUAUACCCACAUCAUCGGCGGUGACAUCUCAAGGACCCCUCAGCGCUUCAGAAGAUAUCAGAGUGGAUCUUCAGGGAGCAGAUUUAUGGAAACGUUUUCACGAAAUCGGAACUGAAAUGAUCAUUACCAAAGCUGGAAGACGAAUGUUUCCAGCCAUGAGGGUAAAGAUGUCAGGACUGGAUCCUCAUCAGCAAUAUUACAUCGCUAUGGACAUAAUUCCUGUGGACAAUAAAAGAUACAGGUACGUCUACCACAGCUCCAAAUGGAUGGUUGCAGGUAAUGCAGACUCUCCUGUACCUCCUCGAGUUUACAUUCAUCCAGAUUCACCUGCCUCUGGAGAGACUUGGAUGCGACAGGUCGUCAGCUUUGACAAGUUGAAGUUGACAAAUAAUGAAUUGGAUGACCAGGGUCAUAUAAUCCUUCAUUCAAUGCACAAGUACCAGCCGAGAGUACACAUUAUCAGAAAAGAGUGUGGCGACGAACUUUCUCCAGUUAAAACGGUCCCGUCAGGAGAUGGGGUCAGAGCCUUCUCAUUUCCAGAAACAGUUUUCACCACCGUCACGGCUUAUCAGAACCAACAGAUUACAAGGCUGAAAAUCGAUAGAAACCCUUUUGCCAAAGGAUUUCGAGACUCCGGCCGCAAUCGAAUGGGCCUUGAAGCUUUGGUAGAAUCAUAUGCAUUUUGGAGGCCUUCACUAAGGACGUUGACUUUUGAAGAUAUACCAGGAAUUACUAAGCAAGGCAGUCCUGGAUCACCUUCAGUUCUUCAAAGCACUGCUAAUGGGGUCACCUCUACGCAUGCACACCUCCUCUCUGGUGCUCCCUGCUCCUCUCCUGCAUUCCAUUUGGGGCAUGGCAGUGGGCAGUUGUGCGCUGUAAGCCCUGCUGACUAUGCACCUUGCACCCGCUCUGGAUUAGCACUCAACCGUUACAGCAACACUCUUGCAGAGACCUACAGUAGACUCACCAACCCCAGUGGUGAAACCUUUGCACCUCCAAGGACUUCUUCAUAUGUUGGAGUGAAUGGCACAAACAUGUCACUGACAUCAAGCGAUGGUGAUGCCUUCAGUUGUCAUCAGUCUGCUCUGCCAAUACAGAUCUCAAGUAUUCCAUCCUCUCAGCUUCAAUACAUCAUGCCAGGCCCUGCUGGCAAUGCCUUCUCAGCUAAUCAAGGACCUCAAGGAGCUUACAACAGUUUCAGAAUUCACAGUCCGUAUGGUUUAUAUGGAUAUAACUUUUCAACCUCACCUAGACUUGCAACUAGUCCAGAGAAGAUCACAUCAUCACAAGCAAACUUUCUUGGAUCUUCUCCCAGUGGUACAAUGACUGAUAGGCAAGUGUUAUCUCCAAUGGACGGAGUGCACAUGUUAACCAGUGGACAGCAAAAUAUUUUUGAUACAAGGACUUUAGGGAACUUAGCGACGUCUUCUCAAGUUCCAGCACAUAUGGUUUAAAAACUGUCAUAUGAAACAGAGGAGGAAGAUUUUGCAGUUGGAAAGUAUAACAGAGAUAAUGAAAAAAUAAACACAUUAAAACUUUUUUUUCUAGAGUGCUGUUAUGCAUUAGGCUACAGAAAAUGAUGUAACAGUAUGAUGAAAUCAACAGGCACGAUACAAAAAAUGGAAAAUUUAGCCCCAGCUUCAUAAAUCUUUUCUUAAUAUCACUGAAAGUGGACCUUAUUUAUUCAGAAAAUCAUGAACAGUGAAAUCCAGAAGAAUACCACCAUUACCUUGUUUCUUGUGUAGACCUAAAUAUUCAUUCGUUUGGUAAUCAUGUUUACUAUGGUUCUGUUUUUGGUAAAAUGACAGAAAGGAAAAACAUCUUUCUUAGUCAUCUGCACAUUUAAUGGUGCAUAUAAACUUGCAGUUGAUAGAAAAAGCUACAGAUGAACUUAAGUUAUGUACAUUUAAAGUUUCCAGACAUCAUUCCUUUUACAGCAGUAAUAAUGGUAUUCUGACAGAGAUUGUAAGUCACAUAUUGUCACUUAGUUUAUAAAGUUCUAGUCACUUUUAUUUUACACAACAUUGUUGGAUGCUGAGACUUAUAAGGAAUAUAUAUCUUAAUUUAACAAACAUAUUAUGUUAGUUAAUAUCCUAAAAAAUGAUAUCCCAUUCAAAAUUGGUUCUCCUGAUAUUGCUUUGUGGGGGUAUUGGCUCCUCAAAAUCCUGUGGGUUCAGAAAAUGGAUGGCUGGAUCGUUGAAAAUGUGCAUUGUCAUGGAUCAUCCCAAACUGAAUCGAAUUGUUUAGGUUAACUUCUUAGGUUCAUGACAAGGUCUACAACUUAAUUUAUGUGGCAGUGACUGACCAAAAUAAGAAUGUGGUUUUUCUUAAAUUUAAAUCGUCUUUCACCACUAGAUAACAAAAACAGCUAUGAAUAUAAGUUUUACAGUUGCUUAUAGUAAAGUUAUAUUCUGACUGCAAAGUGGCAUCUCAUAUUCAUGUAAGAUAUUGUUUGUGAAUAGAAAGUGAUAUUUCUUUAUUGUAACCUUUCAACAGUUUUUUUUUUUGCUUAUUUUAUAAUUCCAUUUUUAAGCCUUCUUCUGUAUUGCUGCAGUUACAAUAAUGUGCCUUGCUUUUGUAUCCAGUAUCCCGAAUGUUCUAUUUUCUUACAUGUAUUUAAAAUGUUCUCACACUGUGCAGUCAGUUGAAGAAAAUCACCAUUUUUAAAGAGUAUAACUCUUUAUUAAUGUGGAUGGAGAUAUAUAUAUAUAAUUAGUGCAAAGUAUAACUUGCAAUAAAAUUGUAAAUAAGUAAUUCACAUACCUAA